AUGUAUGUCAAUGAAGAAGAUGACAAUUGGCUUGAAAUCAAUGAUGCUCAGCCUAUGAGUCAGGAUCAAUGGUGUUAUUCAGUUGUUUAUAAUAAAGAAGGCAAUAUUAUGAUUAGUGGUUCAGGAAAAUUAAUCAAAGUUUGGAAACUUCAAGGAGGGAACUUGACUUAUGACAAAAAGAAAUAUCUCAUUAAGGCUCAUUAGAAGGAUAUUAACACGUUGACUUAUAGUAAAUAAUAGAAUAUGUUUGUUUCGGGAAGUGAUGAUAAUUCAAUUAAAAUCUGGACUUUGAAUGCAAACAAUUAGUUUUAGAAACAACAAGAGAUUAAGACCUAGUCCUGGCCUAUAUCUUCAUUAUUGAAACAGGAUGACUCAUAACUUAUUGUUGGACUAUGGAAUGGUAAUUUAUUAAUAUUUGAUAAAAAUGGAAAUGACUAUUAAUUAUAAAAAGAAAUACAAGCCCACUAAGGUCAGAUUUAUAGUAUAAGUCUGAAUGAUUCCUAGGAUUCACUUUUAACACUAGGUUGGGACAAGAAAAUUAAGGUUUAUACAUAAGAUGGUAGAGUUUGGAAAGAAGCUGCAUAGAUUUAACUCAAUGGAAAUGGAUUUCGAGCUAGUUUCAUUAGUGAUGAUGAAAUUGUCUUUUAGCCUUUGGAAUCAGGAAGUACAGAAUUUUAUAAAUAUUUAAAAAAUACUAAGGUUAUCCAAAAGUAAAAAUAUACCUUGAAUCUUGGAGUUGCUUAAGAAGACAAAUCCUUCUUUCCAGUGUAAUGGAAUAAACAAAAAGCAUUAUUUACUAUGAAAUUGAAUAAGAAACUAUUUGUUAUCAAGAGAGAAUAAGAUAGUCAAUAUUAGAUUGUUAAAACUUGUGAAUUUUCAGAUGAAAGAAUAUUUGGGGCUGUGACUCCAAAUUUUGAUUAUCUUAUUAUUUGGAAUAAGAAGGCUAAGGGAUAUGAAAUUAAAUAAAUAUGA